AUGAUAGAUUCAGACCUGCUGCUGCUGCUGCCGCUGCAGUUGCCGGAACAGGCCUCUUACGACAGCCUACGCGUUUACACAGACACCCUUGCAGAUGAUGCAUCAUGGUACGCCCUGCAUUACUCACCCGUCUCAGACACGCGUCCACUCAUCUCGUUAACCCUCUUUUCAUGCUGCUCAAAUCCUAUUGGCUUCCUGAGAGUAUCAGCGCCCAGGAGCAAGCAGGGUUGGGUGAUUCAUCCGCCUAGGCGUAUCCGUGGCGCGCAAACCCUUCGUGCUGCCUUGAGACCGUCCACGGCUUCGUUUUUUUCCCGGAGCAGGCAAGGGUAAGCAGAAAACAGUCGCAUUCCCCAUGAGGCGUAUACACCAACUUCCUAUAGGAGGAAACUGUCCUAAAUGAAGGAGAAAAAGACUGGGGAAUUCUUGCUUCAGAGGGUAGAGGAAAAAAUGACUUCUUGAAAAGUUAAAUGAAAAACAGUCAUUCAGGUUACAGUGACGGCCACGUAAUGCAAAAUUUGUGUUAGUAAACGGCUCACCUAGGGUAAACUUGAUUGUCGCCCAAUAUUACUGUAAGGCAGUCUGUCUCUGAUGUUGUGGCUUGUACCUCGUUUGCUCUUCUUUCCGUCAGCAAACGGUGAGAGUUAAACCCGUGAAAAGGAAAUUCCGCAAUAUUAGGCGGCGGUGGAUAAUGGAGAGAAAGGAAAAGAGAAGAAAUACCAUCACCAUCAUUGAGGGAUAAAUCUUUCACACUAACUUUCGAGAACCGGGCAGGGAAUCGCCGAGUUUUGGAUAGUUUUUUUGCGGUAGGAGUGCUCCAGUUGACAUCUGAAAGCCUAAACGAUUAGCUUCACCUGUGAGGAGCACGUGGCUGAACCAUAACCUUCCGUGUGUCGGCAUUAAAAACAUCAAAAAUCAAAAGAAGACGAAGGUACGAUCACUGGGACGGUAGAUUUACUGGCCUAAGCUUUCGAACUCGAAGUGAAGUUCAUCAACAAAGACUGCAGAGUGCAGCAACUUGUGAACAUUUAUAUCGCUGUUCCUUGCGGAGGGGAGACUACGCCCGUGGCUAGGUCUGGUUUGUGCUGCCCGACCCACAAUGGUCCCCGACGUGGUGACGCCGUUUGUAUUUCGCGGCGAUGUGGGCUGCGCCACCUGGCUGCGUGGGCGGAGCGCGUGAUAACACGCAGGCAAAUCAAUCUGUUUAUUGAUAGAGUUGGUGUCCGACACCCACGCCUCCAACAGUUCUCGCCCCGUCUUGUUGCCGGCUCGCGCCAAUAUCCGCGUGUUGGCGAAGUCGAAUUCAUUGCCUUCCUCCAGCGUGUGAGUGGCGACCUGAGAUAGUGGGUCGCCUCUCCGAACGGUCCGUUUGUGCUCAAGUAUUCGUGAGCUGAAACGUCGUCCUGUUUGACCUGUGUAGUGCAAAGACAGUUAUGGCACGGGAUUUGAUAGACUACGCCCGACUGCUCACCUGCGUCCAGCCGAUCCUUCAUUUUCAUGAUCCUGCUACGCAUGGUAGCCGCCGGAUGAUGAGCAACGCUCACGCCUAACUCCGACGCAAUGUGUUCUGUAACCUCGGACACACUCUUUAUGUACGGCAGGAAGUGCCAAAUUGUUGCUGUUUCUCUUUCGUUUGCCCGUCGUGGGUGCGUGCGCAUGAAGCGACUGAUAAAACUAUUUGGACAGCCGUUCUUUGUUAAUGUGUCCCUGAGAUGUCUUAGUUCUUGCAUCCUUCCUUCGGGCUCGCUACAGUGCGCUUUUACCCGGUCGAAAAACGCCCUCACACAGCCCCGUUUGUACACCAAUGGGUGGUUGCUAUGGUAGUUGAGGACCUGGGUUGUAUUGGUCGCCUUUCUGUACACCGUAGUGCUGUGUUUACCAUCAAGUGUCCGCGUGAUGAGCACGUCAAGGAAGGGUUGUUUCUCGGCCUCCCCGUCGUCUCUUGUACACUGGAUGUCGGUGAAGAUGCUGUUAAACAGGUCUUGAAAACCCGAUAGCCUGUGCUUUUCAAUAAUGACGAAUCUAUCGUCCACGUAUCGGCGCCAAAACGCAGGUUUGUAGUGGCUGAAAGCAACCUUUUCCAGCUCUUGUAAUAUCACUUCCGCAACUAAGCACGAUGUUACGGAAAUCUUUGUCAAUCGUUGACAGUUCGACCGUCACAACAGAUGUUGUCCAUCUUGCGCUCCGCAGUAUGGCGGAAAAAGGGAUGGCUACUUGCGAGUGAAUUGGUUUAUAGUGUUAACAGGCUUGCGCGGCACGUACCACACUCUCUUCUGUGCCACCCAUCGGAGUCCGGUGCUAAUGCGGGGUCAAAAAGAUCGGAGGUGAGAGGGGGUGCAGGGAGUGACGAAACAAAACAUCCAGUUCACGCGUACCAUACACGCCCAGACUCGGGCAAAAUGGACUAGGUUUUCAAGGGAGCGGCUCGGAUCUCGACUGAGUGAGAGUGCUGUAGAGGUCACACCAAGGAUAUUCUGUUCUGAGAGAAGGGCCUAGUUUUCCCACCAGAUGGCAGCCUUCCAAGCCACGGCUUUUAGCGCAGUGUAAUGGUCAAGGAGUGCGUCACAUUGUCUGUAGCGAGGAAUAUGUCUCGAAUUCCGUGGGAACGCAGUCGCCAGAGUCGGACUUACGCUCUUCCACUCCUCCCAGCCAUCGGUCAACGGUAUAAUGUGGUUAUGCAUGCGCGCCGGAUCGACACAAUGCUGUUGGCUUAAUUAUUUAGAGUUGGUGUGAUUACGUUAGUAUGGUGUUGCUCUGUGUUGCGGUGUGUGUUCUGUCGGUAGCCUGGUUUCUUUGUUGCCGUGUUUACCUUUUUCGGCCCAGUGCCUAUGAUCCUUCUUGACUUUCUGUCUGCUUUCUCCUUCUAACUUCCACAUUGGGUGUCUCAGGGUUAGCGUUUAUGGCUACGGUUAAGGGUUAGGGUUCGGGGUCAGGGGCUAGGAUUAGAGGUUUUGGUUAGGGUUUUGGGGCAACUGCUUCUCAACCACUCAAAGCAUAACCGCGCAUUCCCGAGAGCCUUUUUGCAUACAAUUACUUGACCUCUUCGCCUGUGCGUUCCCCGACCCCACCUGUAAAGACUCCCCAUUAUCACCGUUCCCGUAGUACAGGCUGCUGGGGUGUGUUUGCCUUAGGUGCGGCCACUUAACCACAUCUGACCCGGUCAACUGUCCGAGCCAGUCAACCAUCUGAUGCGAGGAAUGUGUGCAGACCACUGGCGCGGCGUGGUCCUGAACCCAGACGUGUCAACACAGGAGGCAUGUGUGAUACUUGUUAUGAAUGUGCAGCCCGCAUAACGCGUGUCGUGUCCUAACCUGGCCCCGUCUUGCUCCAGAGCAUCUUCCCCGUGGCCCUUCCUAUAUGACGAUCAUCGGGUUUAGCUUCAACGCAAACGUAUCAGUACCAAAGUUGGCAAAAGGCUCACUCACUUAGAAGGAUUCUAGUAAACAAAUAUUUCAGUCUCCUUAUUUGCUGACCUUUUAGGGAAGCAAUCAAUUAUCACACUUUAAACAAGCCCUCCUUUAUGUUCAUAAGCGUAAAUCAACGAAAUUUACUUCAGAGAUAAAAGCUUUUAUAUCGAAAUGCAAAUCCAGACAAUCGCGAGGAAACGUACUGAUUUCUAUUUUAGCAAUGUUGUGCCAUAUUUACCACAUGGAAUAAAUUUGCUUCGAACAUUUUCCAUCAGAAUAUGGUAAGGCUCAACUAAGAACAGCGGCCAAGGAAUAAAAGUUUCAAAAAACGUCCAGGGAGAGGGUCAGUCGUCUAGAAAAUCCGGUUUGAUUUCGUUACAGGAGUCCUCCUUCCGCAACCACUAACGGACUCAGAUAACUUAAGCGUUAAAUAGUUAAUACGCAUAUCCCAGACGUCCUGUUUGCUUUCUUUUACGACUGAAGCAAUUAUUCAUGUGGAGAGUUUGGCCACUUACAUUUGCUCGUUGCGUCAAUGCCUCAACUUUGUCCUGCCUAACAAAACCGAUGCAAGGGCGAGAAAUGUUAGUAAGAUAAAUAACCAUCAUCGUGCACCUCAUACUACCAAUCGCAUAACUGCUUCAUGCUUUCUCGUCUGGUCAAGAUUGAUAAAUGUCUUUAUCUGCUCUUCAAAUAAAUCCAAUAUUUGAGAUUCUUCUACUCCGAAGGCAUUCAGUUGAUUAUCGAUUUUAGUGGAAAAGCUAAUUUCGUUCAUUAUUUUACGUAUCUGGGACUUAAGUUAAAUGAGAUCGGUGACACUGAUAUGACCCGUGGUUUAAUAGUCGAAUGCCCUCCUCAUGGUUUUUAAAAAUUUUGCUGCUAAAUACAUGCUGUUGAGAACAACAGCAAAUGAAAAUAACAUAUAACCUUUUAUAAGUUGCAUCCAUCGAAUGAUUAAAGAAGAGCGAAAAAACGCCUUCUGUAAAAUCAGGACCAUUCUGCUGCUGAGGUAUCUCACAAGAUGACUUUGGUAAACAAUCUUCAAAGAACGAAGCCCAUUUGCAAAAUAGGUUUCAUCAAGGUUGUCGGCCGUUUUGAUGUCGCGUCCUUGUCAGUCUGAGUCCGUCGAUAUCUGAAAUCAAUGAUUUUACAGAAUUCAUCAUUUGCGAAAAGCAAUCCUGGUAGUCCUCUCACUUAAACAACAAUCACAUUUCACUUAUUAGAAUUUUCAGAAUUAGUGCGGCCAUUGGAAAGUGGUCAGUCAUGUUGUCGUCUCUAUUCGGACGUUGAUAUUUUUUGACUUACAAAAAGCUGGCUGUCCGCUCAACGAAGAUGGGCUUCCCCUCUUCGCUUAUUUGUGCUAAUUAAUGACUCAUUUUCUCACCGCCUCUGAAAAGCCAUUGGGGAAAUGAAUCUUAGCUUUUAUCGUCGAACUAACAAAUCAGGAAAACUAGACCGUUUGUCUUGAGAGUUUUUCCCUGAUAACUGUGCGAAUCUAAAAAGUGAAGAAGUACCCCCUCUCUCAGAACUAAGGUGGAAUCUUAUCAUACAAAGCGAAUAUUCGCAGAGGAAAAUUGCAAAUUUGUGGCCAUUUGUUGCUUUAACUACGUGCUAAAUCGCCUAAAGGAUAUUCUUACUUUGUGAGCUGAUGUUGGAAUUCAGCUGUAAGUAGGAUAAAUAGACUGGUAUACGCCCUACGCAUAGGGUAAUUCAGAAGGUGAAACUCAAAUAAAUGUCAUUUUUCGUGGUAAUUUUAGCAGUCAGAAAAGGCGGUUUCUUCUUCACUCUCCUUAUUCACCCGUUUUCACAACUGUUUGGUUUUUUGUCGAAACACUACGAUUUGGCUUAUUUGAAUAGUCGUCCCCUAAUUCAUACAGUGUUUACGCCCAUCCUUACUUUGACGUCAUGCGCAAGCUUGUCCUCUGCUCCUCGACCACUUGGAAGGAUUACCACGUGAAUUAGUAGCUAUACAGAGACGUAAUUGUUUUCUCCUCCUCGGUGGGUGUUCUCUAGUUCUCCUGAAGUCAACAUUUGUAGACUGCUUUGUUGCCAAAACUGCACGAUCACUCAAGGCGUCUCUCUCCGACCUCGAAAUAAGUCAAUGUGCUUGCACCGGCCCCUAGUGUCUCUCGACUGUCCCCUUUCUUGUUUACCUAUUUCUUAGAACCUAUAGUUACUGACCUAACUUAUGAAAUGUGUCGAAAUUUACGAAUGAUUGUGAAUCCCCUUCAAACCGACACCAUUUCAUGAGUCCAAUGUCUAUGUUAAUUAAGUACAAAUUUAAGAGAAUUAAAAACAUAAAAGAACUGUUAAAGAUAGUGCUGCAUUGUUUAGAAAUGCCGAUUUAUUUUGAAAUGCGCAAUAUCACGAAAACGUCAGAAAUGGCUCUUAUUUAGUAAACUUCGUUUUUAGAUAUACAGAAUGUAUUUCUAUAUCAAAAAGGCAAUAAAAUGAAUGUAAGACUAAAAUAACGUCUAAUAAUACUGCUUAAGUGAAUUUUACAUCUACAUAUCGUUCAAUAAUUAGUGCGAUUCCAUAUAUGACGGUUUGUCGUUUUGCUUGAUUUCACAGAUUGGGACAUGAAAGGAACAAAAGUUUUCAUAAGGUGACAUGCCAUGAGGCCGGUCGGAGCCUAACAAAUUUAAAUAGAACUGACAGGCAUGAUCGUAAACAUACCAUUUUGUGUUUAUAGAGAGAAUACUUCUUCCGUUAAAUAAAUUUACACUUUUCCUUCUUUUUUGGAUUACGUUGAGUUCCAAAUCAGCCCCGAAAUGUUGCUAAAUGCGUCAUAAUUUUCAGUGUUUUCACCUGAGCGUCCAUAAAGACAGAUUCUGAAAUACCUGUCUGUUGAGAACUUUAGAAUAAGAUUAUUCGUGAAAGCAUUUAGCGAAUUAGUGAGUGUUUGGGCGCUCCUUUUCACGAAGAUGGUCGUUUUGGUUACACGCAAAGAUUCAUUUAAACAUGAAACUCCAUUUUCGAGAAAAAUGGCUGUCCACGACGAAAUUCAGCAACGAAUAUGCCUUUGGUCAAUAAGAAAACUUUCCUUUAAGAAGUGCUUUAUUAUUGCACUCCGUUGACGGAUCUCUGUGUACUUUGCAUUUUUGGACGGUGAGGCCAGGUAACAAUCUGACACUUUUGGCCGUUUCUCUCACGUUCCUAAUCGAUACUGUUUUUUCUUCCGUAAACGUGAGAGCAUGCCUUUCUCUAUACAUUAAGGCCAUUUCUACUGUUUUUGCUCGCUUUUAGACUCCGUUCUUCGAUUAUGAAUGCACGGCAGAGCGCCUAUAUAAAUACUUAUCUUUUGAUUAAACUGUUAACGUUUUGCUCGUUCUAUUUCUGAAUAAGAUAUGCACAGACGCUAAACUGCACGACACGUAGUGUUUAAUAUGUUAAAAACUAGAAAUGACCAUUCGGUGGUAGCCAUUUAUGCGACAUCAGGUAGAAUUUUUCGAACGGCAAAACAAUUUCAGUCCAUUUAAUCGAAGGAAUCCCUAACUAUGUUAUUACUUCAUUUUAGGGCACCAAAUCGCAUUGAUCUUCUAAUUCCUAAAAUAACCUUUGUGUUAGCGGGUUGAUUACUACGAAUGACAUCGGAUAUAAAAUAAAUUUUCAGAUCUAGCUAACUCUGUUUAUUAAAACUCACGCAUGUAGAUUACUAUCCUUUCAAUGAAAAAGUCGCACAGAUGCGUAACCGGAGUCUAGAACAUGCAUUAACAUAGGACAUUGCACGAAUAUAUUCCAAUGUCCAUUUCUGCUAAGGUGUACGGAUAUUGUACUUGAUAUAUUUAUGUAAACAUAACUACUGUACAAGAAAAUGAUACUUCAGUGAAGGAUGUGGAUGAACGAACAAAAAGGCGAAACUUUAAAGUUGUCCAGAAAUUCUCGCAUCAGUUUCCGUUAUCAGAUUUCAAGAGAUGAGUCACGCACUGUAAACGGCAGAAAAGAGAGCGCGAUAGUAGGUAAACGUUCGGAUAAACGUUGAGGUGGCAUAUAGCGUCCUCGCGCUAAAUUCCUUCGUAGCUACUUGCAAAAGGAACACACGUACCAGCAACCCGAUCCCCGAGGAAUGCUGGGAGUAUCAAGAUAUCCGAUAGUGCAAACAAAAGUUGAACAUUUGUCGCAGUUCUUCCAGUUUGUUUUCAAAAAGAAGAGGACUACAUUCCGUCUUGUUACGAUAGUGCGAACGCGUCAAAUAUAAAAAGGGCGGGGAUCCACUAUGUCACGAUGGCCUGGUUUUCAAUCUCCGAGUGGGGUCGCAUACUGCAUCCUUGCCCGUCUUCUAUUAUUUGGGAUACUGGGCAUGAAUGGACUUUUCCUUUGUCUUAAGCCAUGACGGUUGUUCCAGACUCUUCGUUCAGAUGACUUUGUCUGAACAUUUUCUCCUGAUCAUUUAAAUACAGUUCGCCAGAAACGCGUUCUUGAUCAAAUUUGCCUUAAAACAAAACAAUUGGGGGAUCAGUACUUACGUCAGAUUAGAGGGAAGCUUUCGAAACUACAUUACAAUCGGAUUAUAUACAGGUCCAUUGCCCAUAGACAAACAGCGCGUCUUAAGGCUUAUUGACUGCCCUAUGGAGCACGCUUAACCCUGAAUAGCUCGAAGGAAAAGGUUAGUAUGGACGUCUGAUCAAGGCUAUUUCUUUAAAUGAGAAGAACAGACAGAAGAAAUGUGCGGCUUAAACAAUAUAGGUUAGCCAAGAUUAAAAUAUCAAACUGGCAACCUGGACCUAACUGAAUCAGCAGAAAUAUAUCUACGUCUUUAUUUUCCGCCUUUUAUUAAUUUUCCCCGCAUCAUUCAUAAUCGAACUUGCUGACUGAUACUUAAACCUGACCACUUCACAAGUGAUCGUCGCUAUUCUAUAGCAGGGGGACUUGAUAGAUAUUGUUCGCAUAAAUGUGUUAUUGGGUUUUGCGUCAGUUUAUUUAAGCAUCUAGACAAUUUUCCCACAAUUAACUAAACCAGCAAUUUAAACAUAAUUCUUCGCAUUUGUUAUGACUCAAAAAGGCAACUUAUGUCACAUCCCCCGCCCCUCCCAGUAAGCAUUACUUUAAAUCUCUGUCCGUCAAACAACACUUGAAAUAUGCGAAUUUCUCCACGCUAGUCGCAUUUGAUCUAAUCAGCGCAUCAAAAUUCCUCUUGAUUGAUUGGACAGAGUCGGCGAAUUGUUUGCUGUCAUAACCGUUUUGCGUUUUUCAGCUAGUCACGCAGACAAAUUUAUUACUUCGCCUCGGACAGUCGGCGUAACGUACUUAUGGUCCUUCGGCUCUUAGCGUAAGGGAAUACCAGCUGUCUGUCUCUGCUUUUGGCGGUGUUCUAACGAGUCUAAUAUACUUUCCGGAGGGGACAUUUCAACUUAACUUAUCCACCACGAAUUUAAUAUAACGUAGCAGGUAUCUUUUGAAAGGCGGAUUUUUGGUAAUAUUGGGUAUUUUACAAGCUGACACAAAUUCUGUCUACUUGCGAUAAUAUAAGUAGCACUUAUGGGGAAAUUUACAAGAAUGGAUGCAUCAAACUCGCCAAGAGAAAUCGCUUAACUAUUCUGCCAACAGUGACCUUCUGUUUUAAGGGUCAAUCCGGAAAAUGCGAAACCACUUCCCGUCAAACCUGUUUAUUGCGAUUUUAAAAAUAAUUUUACUUGCCUGUUUUGCAUCCGCCCCUACCGGGUGACAUCCGGCAAAAAAGGGUCUUCACUCCAUCUAGAUACGGUCAUUAAACCCAGUUAGCUUAACCCUGUACUUUUUUCCUGUCAAAGGCAGUAGUUCUACGUAAAUGAAGUUUGUAUGGACAGGAGGUACUUUUUAGUGAAUGCUGAUGUUUACGGAUAGAGAUGGGGUAAAUUGCCUGACUACGUUUUUUAAGGGCAAUAAAUUGGCCAGACAGAGACAGCUCCCGAAUUUUUCCGGAUUACCUCCCAAAAUAAGAGAACCGCGUUGACAGGGUAGGUUUAACCAGGGACAACCAUCUGGGAGGAAUUUUUGAUCUGCCAAUUGCACACAAUAACCGUUGUAAUUCUCUACGCAUUCACUACUCUUAUCUGAUGCUGCCUCUGACUGUUUCUUCGAGUGUGCAUAAAAUGCACCAGGCGACCAAAAAUCCUGUUCCAGCGACCACGGUUCUUUCUUCUUUCUGGAAUCUUCAUUGUUGCUUUUAUCUACAGGUCCUAAAUGAAGAAAAGUGUUUCCGUCAAAUAGCUGUAGUGAGGGCUCCGCGUCUUGCGCAAGCAUAUCGGAUUCGAAAUGGUACUCCGCAGGGGGGGAGGAAAGAUUUCAUUUUGCAAACAACAGAGCGUGAACCGUAGGUUAAUGUUCAAAAUGGCGAUUUUCCUUCGCUCUCAAACUGGUAAGCGGUGUUCAGCCUUGGCUUGGGUUUCCCCGCUGAGGAUGAAUGCCCGCGCAUUUGUCUGCCAAAGCUUUUCAGCGAUCGAAUUGAAUAAUGGUGGGGUAAUGCAUGGUCUGGCUGGAAUGAUGACGAUGCCCGUGCUUUGAACCUUCAUACAGUGUUAUGACAGAGUUAGAUCCAUGAUUGCACAGAUUUUCGUCGAUCCUUCAUUUGUAAACUAUCUCUUAGUAACCCUCCUAAUAGAACCCAUCCCCAAGGGUUUACGCCUGAUAGGAUGUUUGCAUGUAACUUCAUAAUUCUUCCCCAACCGUCGAUGUUGUUCAGGUCACUGGAAUGAUUCUGAAGUCACCAAAGCAGUUAUCUGAACGGGCAUCAGCGGUAAAGCAUGUGGCCUAAUAAAAAAAGAGCCCCCGGUCUUCCCGAUAUGGAGCUCUAGACAAUAAAAACGAAGAGACGAGUCCCAGGAAGCAGUCUUGAAGAAGGAGACACGAUCGCUGGGACAAGAGCUUUAUUAGCCUUACGUUUCGGAUUCCUACUCGAACCCAUUAUCUGAGACAACAGCACAUACGGGUGGUUCAUGCACAAGGGGCUGCAGUAUUUGUAGGAUGCUGUCGCGCAUACCUAUAAAUGCUCACGGCUCCCUCCUUCAUCAGGGAUCGUUGUACGUGGUGUGAUGACUGUUUGAUGGCCGACAUUUGCGUCGUUAAUCGCUGCAAUUUCAUCACGUGUGUUGGAUGAUGGUGUGAUGAUCGCUCGACCAUCUGACGCAUCGAUCGUGGUGUUGGGAAAAGUGUCCACCUGUGCGCUCCCCGCGUGACUAAUUACUCCGCCUAGGCGAAGUCUCAGCACCGAGUAUGGAAGAUGAGGAUCAUUGCACUUGUUAAUGGACUGGGGGGGGGGCAAUAAAUCAUGACUUAAGCAGCUCCCGGCUCACGCGGUUGUCACCUCUUGCGAGAAUUUCGGCCUCGUCGAGUGAGCCGCAACUUGAGAACUGGCGUCAUUUCUCCGCACCGCUGCAGCGUGCUCGGCCAUUCGUUUUCGGAACUGUCUUUCGGUUUCUCCGACGAAUUUGCUUUGUCCACAACUGCACCAGAUACGAUAAACGACUCCAUACGUUUCUUGCCGUGGCAGCGGGUCUUUUGGUUUCAAUGCCUGAUGGUUGCCUCCGGUCUGCGUGCAUGUGUGCCCCUUUUGCAUGAACCACCCGUAUCUGCUUUUGUCUCUGAUGAUGGGUUCGAGCAGGAAUACGAAACGUCAGGCUAAUAAAGCUCUUGUCCCAGCGAUCGUGUCUCCUUUUUACCUCUAGCCAAGUUCGCCAACAAAGGAUGUGCAGUCGAUCGAUUGGACACCAAAUGGCCGGACCACUACGGUCCCACGUAACCGCACUCCUUUUUUGGUUUCCCAGUCAUAUAACAUGUUGAGAGCUGUCUGUCGGUCGUCCCACGCCAACUGGACAAUUAAUAUCAUAACUUAUUACAGACGUGCCCUGGGCCGGUAACCAAACAUUGCACUGCUUGAACAGGCGACAGACAGUGACGUCAGGCUGUUGUUCGUGCUGAUCCAAGUCAAGUGACCUCAGAUACGCCUCUCAGGUGACACGGAUCAGGGAAGAUUGCGGCGGGCAUGAGACUUUGCCCAUAAGUCUGUGGGCUUAUCGGUCGAAGAGGAUAACGCAUCAUUGACAUCCGAACUCUCGUGGCGUCCUAGCUUUCACGCCGCGGUAUAUUCCGAUCUGGUGUGAUAGCGCCCCGAAGGCAGCUACUUUUGUGUGCCAGGAUAAGGCUGUGCUUAUGAUGUGGGUAGAUUUUCAGGGCUUUUUGCUUUCGUGAGGGUCCUGUUCGCCUGCUCUGAUGCCGAAACGGAACAGGGGGGAUUCCUCCGUCUUUUUAUCUAUUAUUUUAAAUACAACUUGGGGAAACGUUUGCCGCAGUUUGUCUAUGAUGUUUCCGUUUGUACUCUAGUGUAGGAUGGUCGAGGUGCCAUAUAGGGCUGACAUUUAGAAUUCUGGCCUGAAAGAACAGUAGACAGAGGCUCAGAAUUUCCGAAGUACCGCCUCGUCAGCAAAACUGGAGAAUAAGCAUCCCAAUGGAAUUCGUCAGACUUUCUAAUUGACUCUGAAGGCAGACAUAAUAAAAAGGGUAAUCUAAUAGCUCCCCCGAGUGUCUCUUCCUGUUUUUUGUUUUGCCCAACUUUUCCAAAACAACGAUUGCCAUUUACUUUUCCGCAGGAAAAGUUCUUGCCUGACCUUUACUUCGCCUAAGGGAUUGGUUCGACACAACUUGUGCGGAAGUCGGAGAGAUGCGACUUGCUGGAGGUCUGAGGAUGACCAGCACCUCCAGUUCAGAGACGAAACUCGUACCUUUUGUGACCGUAGGAUUCAUGCUGAAGCCCUCUCAUCCUACUGACCGUCAGCCAGUCAGGCGACAGGUUCUGCAUGACUGAAUAGUGUUUAGUUGAUCUAAUAACGGGCCUUCACAGGAUCCUGCAUUUCGAUCGAUGAGUCAUCAAGUCCACGUAACGUUGAACGCUUCCGGCAAUUCGGCGGAUUUAAGGUUAAUCACCCCAACUCUACUGUCUCUUUUUGAAUCUCUCGAUCAUCAGUAGUAUGUUUGUCUCCUACUCUCAGCUCUAAACCACAAAACCUUGCCGUGAUGACUUUACCCCAUCCAUACUCACCAAUUCUCGAUGCAUUAUGGGUGUCACAGCAUAUUCUCUUCAAGACUGCUAUGUGAUGAUACCGGCCAGGACAAUUACCUCGUAACCGCUGUUUAAAAAUCGUAGAUAGCUUUGGUGGAGCAUCCUACUUAGUCAAGUCUUCCCUGGGCAGCACCCUGCGGGCUAAAACAACAACAGCUAAGCGCGUAGGCUACUUUCGAUUUAUCGGUGCAUCUUUAUAUCACUGAAUCAGAAAAGCCUUCUACUUAUCAAGCAAAAAUGUAUAACAUUUACAAGUGCCCUAUGGACGCUCCAAGGCACCGUAAUUCAAGCAAAGUAGUAUGCGCAGUCGUUAUUAUCCUACUAUCAAGGGGAAAAUUGAAGCUUUAAUCUAGUGCAGCAUUUAGCUCGCUGAGAUUUAAAAGUAUUUGUUUGGCUGGCCUCUACAGGACACUGGGAGUGGCUUGGACACCUUAAAAAUAUCUUACAUAUGACUAGGGUAUCUAAACUGAUGGUGGUUUUCCUGUAAAUCCAAUCUAUAUGCACCUAGGUGUGCUAACUCAGGAAAUGUUAACAGAAAUUUUGAAAUGCGUUUUCGUCUCGAAAAGAUUGCCUAAGUAAGGUUUUAAAAUUAAUCAUCUUGCAGCAUAAUUCUAUAAUAAUUCACUUACUUCGAGUUGCCGGCUUUCGAACGAACUUCUUUCCGGUCAUAUGCAAAAACCCAAUUGUGUAAAGAAUGACUACUUAAUUAGCAUGGUUCUUCCGCCUUGAUUUUCGACACCCUUAAGAAUCAAAUUAUAUUUCACGGCAAACGCGUGUAAAAAUAUUCAUUCUUUUAUUCAUGCAGUAGAAAAUUACGUCUUUCUCCAAUUUUAUACUCGAAGAAAGGUUAUAAUUCGGUUUUCAAAAACUUUUCUGGUAUUCAGUGUUUUCAAACUACAAGCCGUAUAUUUUCUGCGUACGGAAUGCCAUGCAUUUCUCUACGGUAUAAAGAGGAGACAAUAUGGGGUUCAGUAAAUCUAGCAGUGGAUUUGAGCCAUAUUGUUGACUUUACAAGCAACAUUGGUAAAUGCAGAGACACGAUGUUUUAUGAACGGGCAUUUCAUGGAACUAAAAAAUCUCAUAAUUAUAAACCUUUUUAAAACUGAACUAUACCCUUCCUUCGAGUAUACAAUUGGAAGAGGACGUAAUUUUGCUACUGAAUGAAUAAAAGAAUGAAUAUUUUUAUGCAUGUUUUCUAUUAAAUAUGAUUGAAUUCUUAAGGGUGUCGAAAAUCUAUGAGAAAAAUUUAUGCUUCUUAGAUAACCAUUUUACAGUGUGAUUUUCGCAUGUGAUCAGAAGGAAGUUCGUUCGAAAGCCGGCAUCUUGAGGUAACUGAAUUAUUGCAGAAUUAUGCUGCAAGAUGAUUAAUUUUAAAACUCUACCUAAUUAAUCUUUUCGAGACGAAAACGCGUUUCAGAAUUUCGAUUAAUAUCUCAUGAGUUAGCAUACCUACUGUGCAUAGAGCUGCCUUAUUGCAGUGGGCUUUCAGAAGGCUGAACUUUUUCAUUUGGUUAUGACAGCUUCGCUCAGAUUCGUCUGACUUAGGCCUACAGAGACUACUACAGUUUCAAACAUUUUUGGUCUUAUACAUUCCGGGUUAACCUUCAUUGGCCUACUUGCGCACAGUGCUCGCCUCCUGAACCAUUGUCUGUUUUUCAACUGUAAAAACUGUGCGUCUGUGAAGAACGGCAGCCGCUGCAGCAGAAUGGAGCGCAUCUCCACCUCUAGAAAAUAUGCAGUAUUUUUUAUUUUGCGCUCAACGUAACUGCGUCCUGUCUGCUAUCAGCAGUUUUCAUCUCAGUGAGUUUGUAUUUUAUUUCUCGCAGAGCCAGCCUUCUUCUUCCGAAACGACAUUUCAUAAAGUUCCUUUUGCCUAUAUAUAAGACCUUAAAUCUGAUAAAUAGAGGCAGCUUGCGACUUACGCGAUUGUUCCCAUCCCACCAGAAUUUUGGACCAAGUAAAUUUGGAGGUGUGUGCCAUCGAGAAGGAGCUAAUGUAGACUAGCUGUCAGACCACCAGUCGGCCAUUUGACACACAAGUACACCACUAGGCUGACUGAGUGGUCUAACGUGAACGGAUAUUCCAGAAUGUUAGAUCGAGCGAACUUACCCUAACAGCCUGUGGACGGAGGGAGAAAAGAGUGGCUAUUGUUCGUUCUAGUGUUUUGACAGAGAAUUUUACAUCUACGAGCCACGGUUCAUUGGCCUGACCUUUCGCAUUCACACUCGAACCCAUCAUCACAGACAGAGGCACAUAGUUGUGUGGAGACACAACGAGAACAAUAUUCACAGACGGUAGUUGCCACACAACCACAUAUCUCACAUAAUUGGCAGCUCCCGCAUGGUCGUAAUGGAUGCGAUGAUGGCUUCUUAGUCCGCAUUUGAGUCGUUAAUUGCCGUAAUCUCAUCCUCACGGUAGAUUCUUGACGUGAUAAUGACUCGGGCAUUUGGUUCAUUGUCACUAGAAAUGUCGGCUGUCCACACCCUCACUGCAUGGCUAAUUACUCUUCACAGGCAAAGUCCCAGUACAAAAAAUGGGGUUGGCAGGUCAUUGCGUUCGUUUAUUAGCCUGACGGUUCGGAUUCUCAAUCGAAUCCAUCAUCAGAUACAGAGCCAGCAGUGAGGAGGAACGGCGCCAACUCCCAAGUCGCAGCGCUCAUUAGACGGGACCCAGCCAUGCAUUCAAGUUGGACGAAGCAGAAAUUCUUGCUAGAAAUGACAACUGCGUGAGACGCAAACUGGUCGAGUCAUGGUUUCCCUGUCCUCUAUCUAUCAUCAUGCACAACGGCCUCCUCGCCGGAAUAUUCGGCGUCAGUAAAAAGGCCUCGCGGUGGCUGUUGCAUGCGGGUGGUCGAGAUGCUUCAAGGUAAUCAUCGGAGCAAAAAGGAGACAAUUCAGUACCUUCUUUUCCAAUGCCUGCAGAGGUAUUACAGUUCCUUAUUAUUAUAAUUUAAUGGUGAAAAUAGUGUGCUCUUUCACUCGGUAACAGUAUGAAGGAUCAAAAUUUGUGAUACAACAAAUUUCUUGGACGUUCAGCUCUUUUUCCCAACACAACUGCUCUCCGGAGUAAGUAACCCCGCCCAUGAACCGCCGUGAAUCUCUUUUUUCGUGUUUUCCACUUGUUUACGAUAAUGGGUUAGAAGAAGACUCCAAAAUGUCAGACCAAUAAAUUUCUUGUCCCAGCAACCGCAUAUUCUCCUUCUGGACUGCUUCCUAGAAAUCCCUUACGUGCUUCUACCGGCAACUCUUCGACUGUUCCUUAAGAUAUGCCACCUUCCCUGUUCAGAAUGUGCCGUACCCUCACCUGACAGCCUCACCUAACUCCACAGUCAGUCAUCCCUAAGAUAAAAAGUGACCUAAUGAAGAAGAUAUUCCGAUGGACUUACUGUAAAUCCAGUAGCAACUCAACCAGGAAUAAGACCAGCUUUCUUGAGGGUAACGUCUCUCCUUCAAAAGUAAGGUUCUUCUUGUCUUCGCGAAAGCGUUAAACAAGCGUUCUCAUGAUCGCCACUGAAACCGAACUCACCGUUCUGAGGCUGAACUCUACUCCUACGAUGUAGACAGUCAUAUUACCUACCCGAAAUAAACUGCGCAUUAACCGAUCCUGUAUUUCUGACGCAGAGCAUCGCAAAUUAAUAUAAAAGGGCAUAUUUAAACGAAUUUCCUUACUAAAACCGAAACAGGUUAAUUGACCCAUUGUAAAAAACUCCAUCGGAUUCGAACGUACGAUAAGAAGGCGCACGUCUUUAGUCAAACCGGGGCUGCGACCCCCUGAGCUACGAGGGACCAGUAGAGGGGAUUGAUUUGAUGUCACUUGGGCUCAGAUAUCCGCCUGCCCAACCGUGAAGUUCACUGAAUUUGGUGAAGUAAGCUGACCCCACACGUGGAAGAACCAAUCAAUUUAAAAAAGAUGACUACGGGGUUCAGUUUGAAAAGAUGCUUGAUAAUGUGAUUCCCAGGCAAACAACGUGAUCUUCUCUUCAGUUCCAAAUUACAUCUUCGUCAAAAUAGAUUGCUUAGAAAUUUUCCGAUACAUAUUGCCAGUUUGGUUGACCAUGUAAUGAUGAGAGCUUUUGAAAACACAUCUAGAACAUUCGCGUAUGUUUAGAGGGUACGCGUAGGCUAAAUCAAAUGACUGUAUGAUACUUUUAUGCUCUUUUGGUCCAAAAAUGCACAGAUUUAGGAAUCUCAAAAAAGAAGACCAAGAAGCGGUUACUCCCAGGACUGUGGCAUAUACUAAGAAACUAUCCAUCCGCUAAAUGAGCUUAACGUUGUUGCUGUGUUUAGGGCUAAAAAUCGCCCUGAUCCACAAGUCAGACUCUAGAAGAAGAAAAAGAAGAAGAAGAAAAAGAAUAAGGAUUGAUUCCUGUUAUUUUGCAAAUAGCCUGGUAAUCUACCUCUUGAACUCCGACUUUCAAACCACUAAAAUUUAUCUUAGUGAAUCUGUCUCACUCGGACUAGCGUCUCCCACCAGUGAGGCAUAUAUAAAUGCCAAUAUGUGGUCUGCGGCAAAUAUUUGCACAGGAAAUUACCGGGAUACAAGGAGGUUUGGGUUGAGUAAAGAGAGUUUACCAUUUCGUUGAGAUAACGAUCAGCUGUGGUUAUCUAGCCCCGCCUGAAGGAAAAAAAUCCCAGCCACCUUUAAUAUGAGACGGGUAGUAACAGGGGGUUUUUACAGGUGCGGCCGGGGAACGCAAACAAAGGCGAGGAGGUCAAGUAAUUGUAGGUAAAAGAAAAGUUAUUGGGCAUGCGCGGUGGUUGAGAAAUAGUCGCCCCUAACCACAACGCCUAACGCCAACUCAUAAAUAUAACCCCUAACCCUGACCCCCAACAAUAACCCUUAACCUUAACCCCUAACCACAACCCCGAACCCUAAACCCUAACCCCAACUGUACUGUGUCCAUCAGGUGGGGCUACAUAACCACAUCUACAACCUCCAGGCAAUCAGCGAGCACAAUGACCGGCCAACCCCAUUUUUUGUACUGGAACUUUGCUCGGGAAGAGUAAUUAGCCAUGUAGUGAGGGUGUUGGCGGCCGACAGUUCUAGUGACAAUGAACAAAAUGACCGAGUCAUUAUCACGCCAAGAAUCCAAUACGGGGAUGAUAUUAUGGCUACUAACGACUGGGGUGUCGACUAACAAGCCAUCAUCGCAUCAAUUACGACCAGGAGGGAGCUGCCAAUUAUGUGAGAUAUGCGGUUGUGUGGCAACUACCGUCUGUGAAUACUGUAAUCUCUGUGUUCUCACACUCUUAUCUGCCACUGUCUCUGAUGAGGGGUUCGAGUGUAAAUGCGAAAUGUCAGGCCAAUAAGCCACUUUUUCCACCGGCUGCAUUUUCCUCUUCUGAAAGACUUCCUGGAAGUCGCCUCUCCAAUUCUAUUCCUAAUAUUUUCUUAUAAAACUGGGAGUUUAAAUGUGAUAAAUUGUAAAAAGGCCAUGACAGUGGAACUGGCCAAUAAGUGAAGGUAUAAGGAUCCGCUGGCUGCGUUAGCACUGUUUUGACUAUAAGACGGCUUGAGAGGCAGGGUGGCGAUUUAACAUAGACUGACUAAUUUGUCGUAGGCCAUCAUGGGGCAUGUUAUUGAAAUUAACGGAGUGUCCAAAUGGAAUUGAACAUCAAGUGACAUAUUUUUUGCUGAGUUACAGAUAAAUGAGUGUACGCAGAAUGAGUUUACCUCUUACCGCGGUAACCAGCCCGGCCAACUGGGACCGACCGACCUGGGGAGUGCAGUAAGGACAGGCAUAGUAGUCUACAAGCCGAACCGCACCACGGACGCCAAAGCCAAACGUGAAGCCAGCAAAUUACAACUACCUCCGCCUCGCAAUGCCAACGCUCAACCGCCCACAAGCUGCCCACGAUAUCAGUGGACGUUCCGGGCGCAAAUCGGUCUUACCGGACACCUCCGGACCAACUGCAGCACCUGAUGUUUCCCCGUCCACCGCAGUCUUGUCCCCCCACGCCGACAAUUAACACUGACCGCACUCCUAAACACCCAACUCCAUCCUCCUCCAUCAUCUCAGCAUCUGCUGCGGCGGCUCCUGUACCCACUACCACUGCGCACAAUCUCGACACACUGACAAACACCAACUUCACCACCGUCAACGCCAGCGAUGUGGACUGGGCUCAUAUCUGUGCUCAUUCCGAUCGCACAUUCCCCCCACACAUUGGCCUGGUCGGUCACUUGCGAAUUCAUUUCACAGGGACUGGCAAACCAGUGCCUGGAGCACCAACCUGAAUUUGCCGCAUCCAUCCUAACUGUCUUCACUGCCCCCGCACAUUCCGUCACCGCAUGGGCUUAUUAUGUCGCAUGUACAUUUAUGAACACUUGCGGUAGACAACCGCUGACUACAUCGCACACCUUCCCCCACUAGCACCUGCACCACACAAUAACACCCACUGCAAGCACUCGAGUGCCACCCCCCACGCAUCUGGGAAGUGUCCCUGCCUACUCAUUCUCCACGCGGCUCCUCUGCUGCAUGUGUGAUCAGGACCUGAAACAAUCGCAGUACGCCAAACGCCGUGGUUUGGAAAUUUGUCGAUUGGCGUCUCAGCGCAUUCCACGCGGUCUGCUUAGUUGUGUGUGUUUGUGUGGAGUGGCGAUCUGGUGGACUGAAAGCCAGGCUGUGACGGUUCCUUCUUAACAUGACCUCUGGCGCUCUCACCCAUCUGAGAGGAGGGUGUGGGCUUUAUAGUUAGUACCUCUCAGUCUACGACUGACUAGUUAUCCAGGCUUUGAAGGUUGAUGUCCCAGGCUAGUGCGGAGUUGAGUCUCGCUCUUCUGGCUGUGCGUCUGCCAUGCCAUGAUCAUCAAUUCACGUGCAUUGACAGUUCUCUGGCAUCUGGUUUCCUGUCGGUGGGUGCGCUUGCGCUCACGUUGGAUAUACAGACUGCACAGUCAUCCUCGCCUUCCUUACCCCUUGUGGUGCUGUUGUCGUUGUUGGCAAAAAUCCUGGUCAAGUGUUUUUGUGGACCAGAGGGUGCGGUGGCACGCCUUGGUGCAGGUCCGGCCGCUCCGGCUGCCUGCGUCCUUUCCCGCCCCCGUCUUCUUGAUAGCGGACCCAGGUGGGGAGGAGGAUAUAGUGCGCUAGACACUGCGCAAGUCCACUCUCACUAUAAACUAAUUCACGGGCAAGUCACCGUGCCUGCUCCAUCCUGCUGUGGAGCACACGGUGGACGUCAUCGACAAUGACGGACAAACUGUCGUGUGCGCGUGAUUCAAGUGUGAUUUGAACUGUAUCCUCUGAACCUGUCACUUCAAAUGCAUAAUACUGACUGUCAAACUGGCAUUUAUCGGGUAGCCAAAAAGCCGCUUAAUCUGCAUUUUUUCGCACAUGUGGCCAGUCAUUCAUGGGACGUGGGUGCGCGCGCGAUCACUGCACAUACAGUGCGUAACCUAACUCAUGAAAUGUGUCGAAAAUUACGAAUGAUCGCCAAUCACUCGCAAACCGACGCCAAUUCAUGAGUCCAAUGUCUAUGUUAAUUAAGUACAAGUUUAAAAGAAUUAGAAACAUAAAAGAAAUAUUUAAGGCAGUGUUACGUUGUUCAGAAAUGCCGAUUUCUUUAGAAAAGCGCAAUAUCCCGAAAACAUCAGAAAUGACUCUAAUUUAGUAAACUUCGUUUUUAGAUAAAUGGAAUGCAUUAUUCGACCAAAAACGAAGUAAAUAUGAAAGUAGAAAUAAAAUAACGUCCAAUAAUUGUGUUUGGGUGAAGUUUGCAUCUAACUUAGUAAGAUUUCAUAUAUGACGGUUUGUCGAUUGUUUAAAUUCUUAGUGUAGAUUCCAAAACAGUUUUCCGGGGAUUCGUGGUAUUCUUGAUUCUUUUGAGUUAAAUGAGAUGAGCUUCAACAAGAGAAGCUGGAUUUUCUUGAUUUCACAGAUGGGGACCUCGUAGGAACAAAAGUUUUCAACAUGCUAUGAGGCCCGCCGGGGCCAAAUAAAUUUAAAUAGAACUGACAGGCGUGAUUGUAAACAUACCAUUUUGUGUUUGUAGAGAGGGCUUUUCUUCCGUUAAAUUAAUGUACACUUUUCGUUCGUUUUAGAUUACGUCGAGUUUCAUAUUGGCCUUGAAAUAUUGCUGAAUACUUCAUGAUUUUCAGUGUUUUCACCCGAUCGUCCAUAAAAACGGAUGCCGAAUUAUCUGUCUGUUGAGGACAUUAAAAUAAGAUUAGUCUCGAAGGCAUUUACCGAAUUAGUGAGUGUUCGGGCGCUUCUUUUCACGAAGAUGGUCGUUUGGGUCACAUGUGAAGACUCAUUCAAACAUCAAACUUCACUUUCUAGAAAAAUGGCUGUCAGCAACUGAAGUUAGCGACGAAUAUGCCUUUGAUCAACUAAAAAACCUUCGUUAAUAAGUUACCUCUUUUCGAAGUACUCUAUUACUGCCCUCGGCUGACGGAGCUCGGUGUACUUCGAACUUGUGCACGAUCAUGCCAAGCAAAAAUUUGACACUUGUGGUCGUUUCUCUUACGACUGAUCAGGCUCCGAAUUGUUCGGGAAUCAGAAAACUUUUAAAACCUAAUCAAACUCCUUCUUCGAAUAUACUUUGCAAAGAUUGCAUGCUUCUCUCUCAAACGAGUGGAAGAAACCAUAUUUUUGUUUAUGUUUUCUAUAAAAUAUAUUUUAAUUUAUAGGACUAUCGAAAAUCAAUGUAAACAAUUCAUUCUACCUAAGUAGUCAUUUUCGCCGAAUACAGUGCACUCAAAAACCGACAUCCUGCCGAGUCCGAAAUAUUAGAGGAUUAUGCCGCAAGAUAAUCAGUAUUACAACUCUACCAAAGUAAGCCUUCCUAAUGGGGGGAACGCAUCUCAGAAUUUGGUCCAAUAUUUCAUGAGAUCGGUCACUCAGAAGUAAAAUUCGCCAGGUGUUUAAAUAUAAAACGUUUAUUAAAAUAUUUUCGCUAAUUCUGUGGUCACAUUAUUAAAAAAAUGUUUUGCCUAUGCUUUUUGAGGAUUCGAAACUUCUAGCUAAGAUGUGCUUUGAUUUUAAUGUAUUUUUUAUUACACGAAUGAAGGCGAAAUUUCGAGUUCCAGGUGUAUAAAUAUUUGAAGAAGAAGAAGAAUCGAGCACCGGAACAAUUCGUUUAUUAUCCUGAGCUUUCAGACUCGUACAGGAGUCCAUCGUCAGAGGUAGUGGCAGAAACAGGACAAGCAGCAGUUAUAAGGCACGUAGACCCAAUCAUCGACCGACGUCGCACGACUGGAGGUGACUACGAAGGGCUCUGUACGCCGGCGCCAGAUCGAUAAAUCGAUUGACCGAGUUCUCAUCCGAGGCCCAGGCUUCAAUCAAUUCUCGGCCUGUUUUGUUUCCGGCGUGGGCAACUAUUUUGGUGGCUGCGAAGUCAAACUCGUGACCCAUUUCGUAGGUGUGGGCGGCCACUUGUGACAAUGCGUCGCCUCGCCUCACAGCCAGCUUAUGUUCAUGUAUGCGCGAUCCGAGCAUGCGUCCAGUCUGUCCUGUGUAAUUACAAGGACAAUUUUGACACGGAAUGCGAUACACUACUCCAGAUUGCUCUUCGGGUUUUAACCGAUCUUUGAUCUUCAUGACCCUGUUGCGCAUGGUGGCUUUGGGGCGGUGUGCGAUUCCAACCCCUAGCUCCGCAGCAAUGCGCUCGGUCGCUUCUGAAACACCCUUGAUGUAUGGCAGAGAAUGCCAUAUUGUCGGUGACGUUGAUGUUUGAGUUCUCUGGUGGCGACCGCGUAGGCAGCGACUUAUGAAUGCCCUCGGAUAGCCAUUUUGCACAAACUGGUCGCGGAGAUAACGGGCCUCACGCGCUCUAUCUUCCAGUUUGCUGCAAUGAGUUUGGAUCCGUUUGAAGAGUGUCUUCACACAGCUUCGUUUGUGAGCCACCGGAUGGUUGCUGUGAAAACUGAGAAGCUGUGUGGUGUUCGUUGCCUUCCUAUAAACCGUCGUUUCAAGUUCACCGUUAAGGUUUCGUCUGACGAGCACAUCCAGGAAGGGCAACUGCUGCUCCUGUUCUUCUUCUCUCGUGAAUUUUAUAUCCGGGAAGACUGUGUUGAGCAGGCUGUGAAAAUGUUGCAGCAUGUCCUUCUUUACGAUGACGAACGUGUCGUCAACGUAACGUCGCCAAAACACCGGUUCAUGUUGGAGGGAGGCAAUCUUUUCCAACUCCUGUAGGACCAGUUCGAUCGAUCUGGCGCCGGCGUACAGAGCCCUUCGUAGUCACCUCCAGUCGUGCGACGUCGGUCGAUGAUUGGGUCUACGUGCCUUAUAACUGCCGCUUGUCCUGUUUCUGCCACUACCUCUGACGAUGGACUCCUGUACGAGUCUGAAAGCUCAGGAUAAUAAACGAAUUGUUCCGGUGCUCGAUUCUUCUUCUUCUUCAAGUAUUUUUUAUUUUCCACACUAACAGUACCUGUGCUAACUCAUGAAAUGCCGAGGUCAAAAUUAUAGUGGAAAAUGUAGCGUAUUUUUGGUGUCGUUAUUUGUGUUUAUUUAGUUGAAAUAAGGACGAAAAGACCGUUUUCUGAAGGAAAGUUUGAUACGGAUCUGUAUAUUAAAUAGAAAACGGGCCGGAUUAAGACGUAAUCGGAGGAUUCCUGAUCUUCAAGCAGUUUCCUACGCUAUUAAAGCUUUCGGAUGGAAAUUCUUUGUGUAACCUUAUUAAUCUGUUUAAGAAGAGUAAUAAAGGGACGAAAUUUUUUUAAUAAACUUUCGAACAAAAAGAAAAAAUUAAAUUUCAAUAUUAACAAAAUCAGGGAAAUGCAGAUAAAUUAUUUCUUAUUGUGUUCAGGAAAUAACGUGCUAUUCUUUAUCUAAAAAUUCUAUUUUAUAAAUUCGUAAAGUUUAAUGUUUCAAAAUACCGAAAUAAAAACGUUUAUCAGUGUGAUUGUUUUACCAGACUGAAAAUGCGUGUCGUAAACGAAUAUAUAUUGAGUUCGCGCGACAUGCCGUCACUUUGCUCUGCCACGCCAAACGAUAACUAUGUCUAAACAAUACUUAUCCGAAGUUGACUUCCAGCGCAUUCGAAAAUUAGCGGCUGAGGGAAUCCCGCGUGAGUCGUUAGCUAGUAUUUUCAAUAUUAGCAAGGUCACUCUGUGGCGCAUUAUUAAUGAUAAAAUUGUUCCUAGAAAUAAGAUAGGGGGACCAAAACGGUCCACAAGUAAGCAAGACGACGAUUUUAUUCGUCGUACAUUAAAAAAGUUUCAUUACAUGCCCAUUGAGACCAUUCAGCGGGAACAUCUGCCGAUGUUUUCUAUGAACAUCAUUAGAAAAAGGAUGAAGGAAUUUGAACUGCAGCGGCGGAAGGCCAUGAUUAAGCCAUAUUUAAGUAGAAAACUAAUUAGAGAACGGCUUUUAUUUGCUAAGAAUUAUAUUGAAUACAGAUCUUCAUUUUAGAAGAGCAUUUUCUUCUGCGAUGAGGUUCUAUUUUUAGACAAGCCUACGAAGUCGCUCCAAACCGUCAUAUGUGGAAAGAACUUUCCAAGAGAACACACUACACCAACGGCAACAUUCAAGAACUGUCGGCGGAUGAUGGCGAUUAAAUUCGGUGAGCGGCCUGUCUGGCGGUCAACAUCCGACACCAUCAACAGCAAGGUGUUCAUUGCAAUUUUCAAGGAUGCUUUCGGCUACAACGGCAUAAGUCGGCGCCGAAUGGAUACUGUAAUUUUGCAGGACAAUGCACCUGUCCACCGCUCUAAAGAGGUACGAAUUUGAUGCCGCUUGCAAACAUAAUCUAAAAUUUUAGACAACAACCACGCUCUCCGCAAUUGGCCUCCAAUAUAUUUUCAUCCCGGCCAACAGUCCCGAUCUGAAUCCAAUCGAAAAUCUUUUUGGAAUUGUCAAAAGAAAUUGGCACAAAGCUAAGAAGACUCUUUCAAUGCAGGAAAAAUUGGAUUUCAUACUCAAUAAUUACAUUUUACAAUCCACCAUAGAUAACCUUGUCAUGUCUAUGUCGGACAGACUUUCUGCUGUUAUUAAUUCGAAUGGACAAUCUACAAAGUACUAAUUUUUGUAUCUGUUUCUGUCCUUAAUUAUUUUUGACCUUUUAUGCGCCCUCCUCCUUUAUACGUCCUCAUACGUAGCCUUUAUUAACUUGGUUGUAAUGUAGGCGUUUCUCGAAAAUGUGACUUUUGACAAAUAUUAUUUAUUUUUAUCUCAGUAAAUAAUAUUUUCUUAACCAAACUUUGCUUUAUUUCUUUGGCACAUCGUUUAUUUUCCGCUAUCAGACUUUGGGAGCUGUAGUGUUUACCGAUUUUGCGUUAAAGUCGUUAACCUGUGUUAAUUCGUGACAUUUCAUGAGUUAGCACAGGUACUGUAUUAGCCACAUUCGAGACCGAGCAAUAGGGGUUCCUCUUAUCAACGUUCUAUCAAGGAACAGAGUCUUUUAAUACGUCGAUCUUUAUUUUUUUCCGAAACAGGAGCAACAUUCAACAAGAUGGUUUUAGUCAUGUCUAACGUUCCAAAAUGUCUUAUCUUUACCCCUCAUCAAAGAUUUGUCCAAGACUCACCUUUGUAAAAAAACUCCAACUCUGGAGUUUUAUUCUUCUGUGAAGUCCUCUGUGAUUUGUCGUGCUACAUUUAUUUUAAUUACAGUUCUAUGCUGACGCCUUCCCUCGUCCUUUAACUGAACUCAAAGGCUCAAGAGAUUUUAUCCGUCACGCGGUCUUCGUUUAUGUUAUCUGAAUGAGUGCUCACAAACGCCAAAAGUGUUUGUUAACGGGUUAUGAGAGGUAUCCCGUGAUCUCUAAAGGAACUUUUCCCAAGACUGAUAAUCCUAGUAUUUCUCCAGUGUGGAUAUUAUGAGUACACUGGGCUUUAUUCGCAAAUACAUUAAAAUAACUUGAUUUAGAAUUUCUGCAGGAAACUUGCGUCACAUGAUGAAACCCAAAAAACCUCAAAGUCAUUUAAAAAAUCGUUUCUCAUUUUGUCAAAGUUAUGUAUAAUUCAUAAAUCGUUGUGGGGGGACUGGUGCACGUAUUUUCAGAUGCAAUCGGAAUUGUGAGUAUAUGUACAGUACGUGACAUGUCUUAUGAAAUGCGCCGCAAUGUACAGAAAACCACCGAAAUAUAAGAUUAUGUAGAUUUCUGAUCAAUCUUUAAAAAAGUUGACAAAUAAAAUUAUUUAUAAACGCAGAGCGCAUGCAAAAAUUACAUUUGCAUGAAUAGGCUGGGCGAAUAAGCCAUUUUCGUCGUCUUUUUUAUGAGUUACCUUACAUACUUUGGGUAUGCGUAGCACAGUAGCGGUUUGGUGUUUUUAUAGUAUAAACAGUAGGCAACCUUAAUCACCAGCGUAUGCGUAACUUCACAAAGAUUUCCUUGUACGUCCGAAACCAGCUACAUACGCCUGUCAAAAUGCCCAAUUAACAAUAAAUGAUCUUCGGCCUUGAGGACAUUAAAGGCGUGUUAAAAGGAAUAUUUAAUUGGUCAGAAAUUAUUUUGAGGAAAACGGAAAUACCAGAGAAGGGCGAAUUCAUUUCAAAUGAACAAAAUUAAUCUGUAGAAGUUCACAAUGCAUGCCCGUGCAAACAAUCGAAUAAAUGAAAUAGAAUAAGUAGAUUAGUGUUUCAUAUGUCCUUUUUCUGACCCUCGAGCCAAGUAUCCUCCCAUACGUCGUGCAGUAUGCAUUAUGACAGCCAUUCGAAGGUGCCUAACGUCUAGUUAAUGUUUUCAAAAUGCUAAGCAGGAAUUUUUAUGAGAGUUUUUCAUUUUCACACUGACCAGAAUAUGGUUGACACUGGAGAAGUAAACGUUUUGCUGGGGUAUCCGACGAUUAAAAAUAUGAAAACGUAAUAACGGGCUUACCUGUUAUAUGCACUGGGAAAAUGUCUCCUCCACGAAAUCAUUAUGUAUUUUUGACAACGGUUGAAACUGCUGAGUCCCAAUCCGUCAACGAAAUUUCAGCAAGUGUUUUACGGUUUUGUGCCUAAAGACGUGGCGUCUGUAGAUUUAAGUUAUGAAACUACCACAAAAAAUAGAUCGUAAAGCUUUCUAGCCGAACAGGGUGCUCUUGAGGGUGCUUUUAUCCAUGAAUGAGGGUGUGGGUCAUACUUAUAAGUCUGUCUAAACAUAAACCACAGCAGCCAAAGAAGACGGACCUCCAUGACAAUGAAAUGAAAUGGAUAUACUAAAUUUCAAAUACCCAACCCUGCGCAAUCAAAUGUCUCUCUGGAUAGGGCUCUCCCAGACCAUUAUCAGAUGGAUGCCAACAUCAUUUGUCUCUUUCCGAUAUACAGUCAAUAAGAAAAUUAAAUCAAUUUCGUUCAUACCCUUUCCUGGCUUAUGUGGAUAAUAUUUCAGUCGCAAACGGCACUCUCUUUUUUAUGUCCAGUUUAAAAACACUUAUGUCAUUUUUACUUAAUUUUUACUUAAUUCUUCGAAUAUAAGCGCAACAUAAAAUAUUACUAUAGCUCCAAAACGACUAACCUUAGUCCCGUUCAAUUUUUAAAUUGUACGUUGGCUAAACUAAACGUUCGAAUAUCCUCCUACAAUACAUAACCUGCUAAGCUGACCAAUUGGUAAUGGAACAUUUUGCGGUUACUUCAAUAACGGUUACAUAUGAUAAGUACGCACUUGAUAUAUCGAGAGACCAGACGUCAGCGGCGUUGCUUUGUUUUGGUCUGCAAAUCGCCCUGAUCCAUGAGCCAGUAUCUUGAAGAAAAAGAAGAAGUAGAAGAAGAAAAAGAAAGGACUCUUGUUAUUUCUAAAAUAGCCUGUUUGUUUACUUCUUGCUGUACCUGCUUUACAUGGACAGAAACUUAUUUUCAAACCGAUAAAAUUAAUUCUGGUAAAUCUGUCUCACUCGGACUAAUGUCCCCUACCAGUGAGGUAUGAGCAAAUACGCAGAUGAGGUCUGUGGCAGAUAUUCGUACAAAAAAUUACCGGGAUAUAAGGGGGGGGGUGGGUUGCGUCAAGAAAGUGCACCAUUUUGUUUAGCCAGAUAACUCGUAAGUAGAAGGCAUAGCGCUCGAGAUAGCGCUACCUAGUCAUCCGAAUUUUGGUCAUCAUGCCCUGUCAGUUUUGCCAUCCACUGUGUCUGAAUGGAUAUAAUAGUGUCAUGUGUGUGCACUCGACUCUAAGUCUUGCCCUUAAUAAUUUGUAAACUAACUGGCCUACCACUCUUGGGUAUGAAGUCUUUAUAUAAGGACUGAUCUACAUAUUGCUGGAGUAUCCAGUUGAAGAGCCGAAGCCUCCACAGUUGUCCGAGCAACAGUGGAAUAGUCGACAGAACAUCAGUCUGGACUUUAAGUCAUUACGUGUGUUUGGGUACUACGAAAUCGCACUUACGUAUAAGUGACGUAUCUGAUGAAAUAUCAACCAAAACUAUGAAACAUGCUUUUGAUUAGGAAGGAUUACCCAAGUGGAACUACAAUAUUGAUUAUCGUGAAGCAUAAUUCCUAAAUAUGUAAGUCGCACCACAUUGCCGGUUAUAGAAUAUGCUUCUUUCGGACCGCCUACAAAGAAUGGCAAUCGUCACACUUUGAUUGCCUAGGUAGUGUAAACUGCUUCUAUCGAAUCGGCGCCCUUUUAAAAUCAAAUUGGUUUCACAGAAAACACACAAAAAAUACCCUUCUUGAACAAAUUGGGGGGGGGGCAAAUUGCACCUUCAUAGUUUAUACUCGGAGAAAGGUCACAGUAUGUGACUUACUAAGUAUCUCUUAUCAAUCGCAAACCGCCCCAGGUGUAUCGAACAAAACCCUUAACUAAUAAUGCACGCCUUUGACUGCAAUGAAAGCAUAAAUGAAGUAUUAAAAUUAAGAUUACAUUGUCUAAAGGUAACCAUUUUUAGAGAAGCGGAAGAGUUGACAACACCAAGAACUGUGGCAAAUAAGUGAACAUAAGUUUUAAAAACAAUUUCUGGAAGUCUAUACAAACAAAAACAGAAUACAUGCAACAAUACAAGCACAAUAAAGUUCAAAAUUGUCAGUCGUGCAUAUAUUUAAAGCCAUCAACCCUUAAUAGUCAGCCUUUUAUGAUGAGUCCCAUACAAGUAACUGAGUAAUGUUUGAUUCAGGGUCGCAAAACUGUUAUACGAGGAUGCGAUGCAAUUUUGUUGAUUUGGUACUGUUCGAGAUGCGAUUGAUUAAAGCAGAAAGAAUAUAACCUGAGAUAGGACAAACGUUUAUAUAAAGGUAUAUAUUGAGAUACCGGUCAGUGGUAAAUCAGUUCGAAUAGCAUUAGCAGGGGCAAUCGUAAGCAUAUUAUUCUCUGUGUAGCAAGAAAUAUUUUAUUCGGCAAAUGUAUUUUGCAGUUAUUGGUGACGGCGUCCUUGAUAUACUAGCAAAUAUGUUUUAGAUUCAGUAUUUUCAAUCGAUUGCAACCCCGAAUGACCAGUUCUUUCUAAUCGAAAACACAAUGCCGAAUUUCGGUUAGUAUUUCAUCAAAUACUUCACCUACUGCACUGUAUGCAUCAAAUGUACUACGACCACGCUAGCCUACAAACGGGUGAACUCUUGAUUAGAUGACACUUACAUAUCCGCAGAUGUUGCGAAUUUGCCAUUAAAGAGCGCAGCACACUAGUUUGUGGUAAAGGGACGCUUACUGAUCGUUUCCACGGAACUCCUUCGUCCCGUUUUGCCUUACGGACUCUCUCUCUCGAGCCCAACUAGAAGCCGCACGGUGGCGCAUGAUAUAGGCGGAAUGGUAUUACCGACAAAGACAAGGGAAACUGAAGUGGUCAUUUCUAGCCUAUUAGUCGUCGUUAGCCGGUCAUUCCCAACCCCCAAGUGUGGAACACCUAGAGUUGGAACUCGCGACCUGUUUGUUAGAAGUCCGACGCCUCUAAGCAUUGAGCCACGGACUUCUUGUCCUGUCGGUGUGUUAUAGCAGAGGGCGUUCGCCGACCGGUUAUUGGACAUGCUCAUCCGUUGAGAUUUUGAGCUCUAUCUAGAGCUCCGCGGUCAGUCGCACAGCGGUUAGUUGUAUGCGCAGUAGGAGAUAACCGACAAUGACAAGAGAGACUAGAGUUGCCCCUUCUGGCUUAUUAGCCGUCAUCAGCCAAUCAUGUCCAAUCCCAGGUUUUCAGCAUUUGAACCUCGAUCCCACGUUCUUUGGUCAUCGAGCGUUUUUAAGCCCAACGUUCUUGGCCCUUGAACCAACGGUCCGUUGUCCUGCCAAUUGCGAUCGGGAACACCAACGAUGUUCGAAGUGCGUUCACCCGUCGAGCUACGGGACAAGCGGGUUUGUAAAUCGCGUCUUAAGGCACAUCGAUGCGAGCAAAUUCCGCAACCCGAUCGGUGAACGUAUUUCCAACAUAGUAUUCUCGAUCGCAACCGAUAGCACGACGGGGCCGUGGCUUAAUGGUCAAGAACGCUGGACUUAAUAACGUUCAAUAACCAAAGUACGCGGAGUAAUGGUGUUGAUGAUGAUGACGGUGGUGGUGGUGGCGAUGGUGGUGAUGAUGAUGAUGAUGAUGAUGAUGAUGAUGAUGAUGAUGAUGAUGAUGAUGAUGAUGAUGAUGAUGAUGAUGAUGAUGAUGAUGAUGAUGAUGAUGAUGAUGAUGAUGAUGAUGAUGAUGAUGAUGAUGAUGAUGAUGAUGAUGAUGAUGAUGACGAUGAUGAACAAUAG